CUUCACCUCACCCUCGCUUGGCCCCUCUAACCUUCCUCUCAUCCACCUCAUCCUCCGUACAUGUCUUACCCAAGCCCGCCCGUCAACAUCUAGUCGCAAUGGGGCGCGAUCGAUAUCCAAAGCAGAGCCUUGGCUCUCUCUACCGUCAGAUCAAGGACUCGCGCGUGCUUAUGGUAGGAGCUGGUGGCAUCGGCUGCGAGCUCCUCAAGAACCUCGUCCUGACCGGAUUUGGAGAAAUCCACAUUGUGGAUCUGGAUACGAUCGAUCUGAGCAACUUGAACCGCCAGUUCCUCUUUCGCCACGAGCACAUCAAGAAGUCAAAGGCUUUGGUUGCGAAAGAAUCGGCGGGGCGCUUCAACCCGAACGUCAAGAUCGAGGCGCAUCACGCCAACAUAAAAGAUCCACAAUUCAACGUCGACUACUUCAAGAGCUUUGCGGUCGUUUUCAAUGCGCUAGACAACCUGGAAGCGAGGCGGCAUGUCAACAAGAUGUGUCUGGCUGCCAACGUCGCCCUCGUUGAGAGCGGAACUACGGGCUUCAAUGGCCAGGUUUCGGUGAUCAAAAAGGGGAAAACGGAAUGUUACGACUGCACGCACAAGGAGACCCCCAAGAGCUUUCCAGUUUGCACGAUCCGCAGCACGCCCAGCCAGCCGAUCCAUUGCAUUGUGUGGGGAAAAUCCUAUCUCCUCACCGAGAUCUUUGGCACUAGCGAAGACGACUCUCCGGAGCUCGACCACUCAGAAGACUCCGAAAACCUCAAGGAGCUCGAGAAGCUGAGACAGGAGUCUCAAGCCUUGAAAGUCAUACGAGGAUCUAUGGGCUCUGAAGAUUUCCCCCGCCUAGUCUUCAACAAGGUCUUCAAGGAAGACAUAGAGCGUUUGCGCUCUAUGGAAGAGAUGUGGAAGACGCGGAAGGCACCACAAGCGCUCGAUUAUGACAAGCUAUCACAAGAAGCACUGGGAUCAGGCACUGCUAUCGCGCAGCAGGACCAAGUUACCUGGACACUGGCCGAGAACUUCUCCGUCUUCGUCGACUCAAUCAGGCGACUGAGUAGUAGGCUGGAAGACCUGAGAGCGAGCUCGGUCACAGGCAACGCCCCUCCUAUCCUCUCCUUUGACAAGGAUGAUGUAGACACUCUAGACUUCGUCGCGGCUACUGCUAAUCUUAGGUCCUACAUAUUCGGGAUAGAGAUGAAGUCGAAGUUCGACAUCAAGCAGAUGGCUGGCAAUAUCAUUCCGGCUAUUGCCACCACCAACGCAAUGACGGCCGGCCUUGCCGUUCUACAAGGCUUCAAGAUCAUGCGUGAUGAACUGGACAAAGCUAAGACAGUAUUCCUGAAUCCCGGCAAGGGACUGACCGAGAGGGCUACUCUACCUGAGCCACCAAGACCCCCAAAGCCGGACUGCCCAGUGUGCAGCGUUGCGCAAACGAGACUUAUCGUCGACACAUCACGUGCCACGCUCAACGACCUGGUCGAAGACUUCCUCAAAUUGGAGUUGGGAUAUGGAGACGAGUUUAGCGUCAAUAGUGAAGCAGGAACUCUAUACGACCCUGAACUUGAUGACAAUCUGUCCAAGAAAUUCCCCGAACUCGGAGUCAACGGUGAUAGCUUUCUCACAAUCAUUGACGAAGAGGAUGAAAAUCCUCGGGUGAAUUUGGUUCUCGCUAUCUCCGAACUACCAUUACCGAAAGACUCGAAGCCGAUCCACCUUCCCGAGAAGUUGAGCAUCGCUCGGAAGCCAAAACAAACCCCAGCACCAUCAGAGACGAACGUGAAUGGAGCCGUUACCAACGGAGCUGUAAAGCGCAAGCGCGAUGCGGAUGAGGCUGAACUCGAGGAUGAGCUGAUUCGGAAGCGCGGCAAGGUCGCCGAGGAAUCGUCCAAGGCCAUACAGAAUGGAGACGCAAUAGUCUUAGAUGAUUCCGCCGACGGCGCUAUCGUGAUAGACGACGAUUGAGGAUUCCGACUUGAUUUCUACUUUCAAGAGCCGCUCUCAAAGAUUGAUCUUCACGAACUUUAUCCUCCAGUCACCACGGAAGCUUAGAGCUGGUAAAAAUCAUCACGACGAUUUGGUGGAGCCUCAUAUCUUGGAGAAGCGAUCUGAAUAUGCCUCACUCAUCUCGACUUGGCGCUCUGGGAUAUCUUUUCAAUCAUGUAUAUCAAGACCUAGGGCCGGAGGGAGUUUCACGUAGCGCUGAGACCGCCGUCAAGGUUUAUGACGCAGUUGUUGGCAUACUGGUUCGUAACCAGAAACAACGCUGCGUCUGCGAUUUCGUCUGCUUGGCCGAAUCGUCCUAAGGGUAUGCGUUGGAGCAUUUGGUGGCGGACUUCGGGAUCCAUACCU